GACUCCAACAACCACCACCAAAAUGGCGAAGAUCGCCAAAACGCACGAAGAUAUCGAGGCCCAGAUCCUGGAGAUCCAGGGGAUGAAGGCCUCCCUGCUGGAGGAGGGAGAGCAGGGAGUGGGCCUUGUCUCCACUGGCUUUUUUGACCAGGAGAUCUAUGGAGGCAACGACAGUCGCUUUGCUGGAUAUGUCACUUCAAUUGCCGCCAAUGAACAGGAAGAUGAUGAUGAAGAUGAUACAUCAACAAGCUUGUUGGGACAAAAGAAGCCAGGGUACCACGCACCAGUGGCAAUACUCAAUGCCAUUCCUCAGUCAGAUGAACAAUAUGACCCAUUUGCAGAGCAUCGUCCUCAGAAGAUCGCAGAACGGGAAGAUGAGUACAAAGCCCGGCGCAGACAGAUGAUCAUCUCACCCGAGCGUCUCGACCCGUUUGCAGACGGGGGCAAAACGCCGGACCCCAAGCUGCAGGUCAGGUCGUACGUGGACGUCAUGUUAGAGCAGAACCUGUCCAAAGAGGAGAGAGAGAUUCGUCAGCAGCUGGCAGAGAAGGCCAAAUCAGGGGACCUGAAAGCUGUCAACGGGUCCGCUGCCUCCCAAGCAGCCACAAAACGUAAGCGUCGCUGGGACCAGACAGCUGACCAAACCCCUUCUAAUGCUACACCCAAAAAGAUGUCCAGCUGGGACCAGGCUGACACCGCUGCUGAGACUCCAGGACACACCCCUGCACACACACCCUCAAACAGCCGAUGGGACGAAACUCCCGGUCGCCCCAAAGGCAGCGAGACCCCAGGGGCCACUCCCAGUACCCGCAUGUGGGACCCCACCCCCAGCCACACACCUGCAGGCGCCGCCACCCCUGGCAGGGACACCCCUGGCCACGCCACACCCGGCCACGGUGGAGCCACAGGCAGCGUGCGCAAGAACCGCUGGGACGAAACCCCGAAGACAGAGAGAGAGACCCCGGGACACGGGAGCGGCUGGGCUGAAACCCCUCGCACAGACAGAGGAGACGAGUCGGUGGGCGAGACUCCGACCCCGGGGGCGAGUAAGAGGAAGUCUCGGUGGGAUGAAACGCCUGCCAGUCAGAUGGGAUCCUCCACACCACUGCUCACCCCUGGAAAGACUCCCAUAGGAACACCAGCUAUGAACAUGGCGACCCCAACGCCAGGUCACCUGAUGAGCAUGACUCCAGAGCAGCUGCAGGCGUGGAGGUGGGAGAGAGAAAUCGAUGAAAGAAACCGGCCUCUCACAGACGAGGAGCUUGAUGCCAUGUUUCCAGAGGGAUACAAGGUCUUGCCUCCACCAGCAGGUUACGUGCCGAUCCGUACUCCAGCCCGUAAGCUGUCGGCCACACCCACCCCGAUCGGAGGCAUGACGGGUUUCCACAUGCAGGCGGAGGACCGCACCACAAAACAGAUGAACGACCAGCCCUCAGGAAACCUCCCCUUCCUCAAACCCGAUGACAUCCAGUAUUUUGACAAGCUGCUGGUGGAGGUGGACGAGUCCACGCUGAGUCCCGAGGAGCAGAAGGAGAGGAAGAUCAUGAAGCUGCUGCUGAAAAUUAAAAAUGGAACGCCCCCCAUGAGGAAGGCCGCUCUGCGUCAGAUCACAGACAAGGCUCGUGAAUUCGGAGCAGGUCCUCUGUUCAACCAGAUCCUGCCCCUGCUCAUGUCGCCCACCCUGGAGGACCAGGAGCGCCACCUGCUGGUUAAAGUGAUCGACCGCAUCCUCUACAAACUGGAUGACCUGGUUCGACCAUACGUGCACAAGAUCCUGGUCGUGAUUGAGCCGCUGCUGAUUGAUGAGGACUACUAUGCCAGAGUAGAAGGCAGAGAAAUCAUCUCUAACUUGGCAAAGGCUGCUGGUUUGGCCACGAUGAUCUCCACAAUGCGACCCGAUAUUGACAACAUGGACGAGUACGUCAGAAACACCACGGCCAGAGCCUUCGCCGUGGUGGCCUCCGCCCUCGGUAUCCCCUCUCUCCUGCCCUUCCUCAAAGCCGUGUGUAAAAGCAAGAAAUCCUGGCAGGCCCGGCACACAGGCAUCAAGAUCGUGCAGCAGAUCGCCAUCCUCAUGGGCUGCGCCAUCCUGCCCCACCUUCGCAGCUUGGUGGAGAUUAUCGAGCACGGUCUGGUGGAUGAGCAGCAGAAGGUGAGGACCAUCAGCGCCCUGGCUAUUGCUGCUCUCGCUGAAGCUGCUACACCUUACGGUAUCGAGUCCUUUGACUCGGUCCUCAAGCCGCUGUGGAAGGGUAUCAGACAGCACAGAGGAAAGGGUUUGGCUGCUUUCCUCAAAGCUAUUGGUUACCUGAUCCCACUGAUGGACGCUGAGUAUGCAAACUACUACACCAGGGAGGUGAUGCUGAUCCUCAUCAGAGAGUUCCAGUCCCCUGACGAGGAGAUGAAGAAGAUUGUACUCAAGGUGGUGAAGCAGUGUUGUGGCACUGAUGGUGUGGAAGCCAACUACAUCAAGACUGAGAUCCUGCCCCCCUUCUUCAAGCACUUCUGGCAGCACAGGAUGGCUCUGGACAGACGUAACUACAGACAGUUGGUGGACACCACGGUGGAGUUGGCCAACAAAGUGGGAGCAGCUGAGAUCAUUUCUCGCAUCGUUGACGACCUGAAAGACGAGGCAGAGCAGUACAGAAAGAUGGUGAUGGAGACCAUUGAAAAAAUCAUGGGCAACCUGGGCGCCGCCGACAUCGACCACAAGCUGGAGGAGCAGCUGAUCGACGGCAUCCUGUACGCCUUCCAGGAACAGACCACAGAGGACUCGGUGAUGCUGAACGGUUUCGGCACGGUGGUGAACGCGCUCGGGAAGCGUGUGAAACCCUACCUGCCUCAGAUCUGUGGUACGGUGCUGUGGCGUCUCAACAACAAGUCGGCCAAAGUCCGUCAGCAGGCCGCUGACCUGAUCUCCCGCACAGCUGUCGUCAUGAAGACCUGCCAGGAGGAGAAACUGAUGGGUCACUUGGGUGUGGUGCUGUACGAGUACCUGGGAGAGGAGUACCCUGAGGUGUUGGGUAGCAUCCUGGGAGCACUGAAGGCCAUUGUGAAUGUUAUCGGUAUGCACAAGAUGACUCCACCAAUCAAAGACCUGCUUCCUCGUCUGACUCCCAUCCUGAAGAACAGACACGAGAAGGUGCAGGAGAACUGCAUCGACCUGGUGGGCAGGAUCGCCGACAGGGGCGCUGAAUACGUGUCGGCCAGGGAGUGGAUGAGGAUCUGCUUUGAGCUGCUGGAGCUGCUCAAGGCUCACAAGAAGGCCAUCCGCAGAGCCACCGUCAACACGUUUGGUUAUAUCGCCAAAGCCAUUGGUCCCCACGACGUCUUGGCCACUCUGCUCAACAACCUGAAGGUCCAGGAGCGUCAGAACAGAGUCUGCACGACCGUGGCCAUCGCCAUCGUCGCCGAGACCUGUUCGCCGUUCACGGUGCUGCCGGCGCUCAUGAACGAAUACCGCGUGCCCGAGCUCAACGUGCAGAACGGCGUGCUCAAGUCCCUCUCCUUCCUGUUCGAGUACAUCGGAGAGAUGGGCAAAGACUACAUCUACGCUGUCACGCCGCUGCUGGAGGACGCGCUCAUGGACAGAGACCUGGUCCACAGACAGACCGCCAGCGCCGUCGUCCAGCACAUGUCUCUGGGCGUCUACGGUUUCGGCUGCGAAGACUCGCUCAACCACCUGCUGAACUACGUGUGGCCCAAUGUAUUCGAGACGUCGCCUCACGUGAUCCAGGCGGUCAUGGGCGCCCUGGAGGGGCUGAGGGUGGCCAUCGGACCCUGCCGCAUGUUGCAGUACUGCUUACAGGGUUUGUUCCAUCCGGCCAGGAAGGUGAGAGACGUCUACUGGAAGAUUUACAACUCCAUCUACAUCGGCUCACAAGACGCCCUCAUCGCCCACUACCCACAAGUCAACAACGACGAGAAAAACAUUUACGUCCGCUACGAGCUCGAGUACGUCUUGUAAAUACAAAUUCGUGUGGUCUUUGUUUUUUUUCUCCUCCCUCGACCAUCACCCUCCUCCGGCAUCCAUCUCUCUCUCGCUCUCUCUCUCUCUCUCUCUCUGUCUCUGUCUCUCUCUCUGUCUCUCGGUUUAGGACUGAGUCAGUUUAAUUUAGCGGCUGUAUGUCGGUCUGAACAGUCCGUGUCCUGAAUGCCACUUAUUGAUCCUUGAUUGAAAGUGAGCGUGAUAUUAGGGGAAAUAAAAGAAGAACAUUGUGGAGUCUGUAUGUAUUUUUUUUAAUUUUUCUUUGUUUGAGUGUUCCCUGUGAGGAAUGGUCAAGGUCAGAUGAGCCUUGGUAGAGGAAUGCAGCGCAGUCAUGACAAUGUUUUUAAGAUUUGGAAUAUUUUUUUUUUGUUGUUGUUCUUUGUGUAUUGAUAGGCUCCUGUAUCAGCUGUACACACCCUCUCCAUGUUUCACACCUCCUCUGUUCUUAUUAGAUUGUUGCUUUAUUUAACCAAAUAAAAUGUUUGUGUAUAAAAAUCAA